AUCCGUGGAACAUCUGCCGUUGUUUCUCACGCGACACUGUGAGCGCAUGACCAAAAGGAAGAUGUGCGUGAAACCGAUGGAGGAGAACGAGGAGGACAAGGUUGUCAGCAUGAUCAUCAAUUACUUCACCGCCAGGAACUUCUUCUCGAAGAGGUCGUUCCGCUCGAACCCGUUGAAGAGGACGAAGAGCGUGACGAAGCUCGAGCGACAGAAGCAACGCGGCGCCGGGCUUCGGGGUUGCCGUUCACACGAGUCCCUCCUCUGCGGGCAGGCGGUGACCUCGAUGGACCUCGCGGCCGUGACACCGCUGCAUCCGAGCCUGCUCGGCAGACCUCACUGCUUCCAGGUCACGCCCAGCACCGGUGGACCCAAGUAUUUCAGUUGCAGGACCGCUCACGAACGGGACCAGUGGUUACACAGCUUGAGGAAAUCCGUUCAACCCGACGCGGAGCAGACACGGCGCACGGACAAUUCGUUGCAAAUAUGGCUGCUCGAGGCGAAGGGUGUGCCGGCCAAGAAACGAUACUUCUGCGAGGUAUGCCUGGACAGCACUCUGUACGCGAGGACCACGGCGAAACUGAAGGCCGACCUGUGCUUCUGGGGCGAGCACUUCGAUUUCCAUCACUUGCCCUCCGUCAACACCAUACAGGUGAACCUGUACAGGGAGGCUGACAGGAAGAAGAAGAGGGACAAGAACGUUUUGAUCGGUUCCGUGAGUAUACCGGUGCACAACGUCACGUCUCGUUACCUGACCGAGAAAUGGUACACCGUGGUAGGAGACAAAGGGCCCCUGAAGGAACCUCCGGCGUUAAGGGUGAAAUGUCGUUUCCAAUCGGUGGACAUAUUGCCGGUCCAAGUGUACCAGGAGUUUUUGGAGUAUUUGAAGACGGAUUACGCGUCGCUGUGCGAGAAAUUAGAGCCGGUGAUCGGUGUCAAAGCUAAGGAGGACAUCGCAACGGCUUUGGUCGCCGUCAUGCAGCGCGAAAAGAAAGCGCCUCAAUUUCUCGCCGACUUGGUCAUGAUGGAUAUACACAGAAUAGACGACGAGAGGCUCACCUUUCGAGGAAAUUCCUUGGCCACGAAGGCGAUGGAGGCCUACUUGAAGUUGACGGGAGACAGGUACUUGCAAGAGACCUUGGGGGCUGUUGUAAGGGGAGCGGUGGAGGGUGGCGACUGCGAGGUGGAUCCGCUGAAGGUCGCCUCGGUGGCGGCCCUUCACAAACAGCAACAGAAUCUACGAAACGCCGUGGAACUCGCCUGGAGCAGGAUACUAGCCAGCCACGCUCACUUCCCUCUCGAAUUACGCGAAUGCUUCCGUAUAUUCCGCGAGCGUCUCGCUGACAUGGGCCGCGAGGACAUCGCCGACAAUCUGAUCUCUGCCUCUAUAUUCCUCAGAUUCCUGUGCCCUGCAAUUCUCAGCCCGUCCCUCUUCAACAUUACCCACGAAUAUCCAAACGAAAAGGCAGCGAGGAAUCUCACUCUGGUGGCAAAAACGCUUCAAACUCUGGCGAACUUCACGAGAUUUCAAGGAAAGGAAAACUUUAUGGAAUUUAUGAACGAUCUUCUGGAACGCGAAGCUCCAUCCAUGAAAAAUUUUCUUCAAUUGAUCAGCAGCCCCUUGCCAAAGGAUGCUCCAGCCAAUAAUUCUCUAGAGUUCGACGGAUACAUAGAUCUGGGAAAACAAUUGUCUCUUCUGCACGCGCUUCUUCGUGAAAGUUUGGUCACGAUAACCUCGUUCUCCUCGUCACUGCCUCCAUCGAGAUUACCAGAGAUCCUCGAGAGGAUCUCCAUAGCCCUGGAUCAAUCGGGUCCAAGUCCAGUGCCCGCUUCCCAUCGGUAUCCGAAUAUACAGAACAACAUCUUCCGCUAUAACGAUCCCACGAUCGCAAACAGCAACACCAAUCUGUCUGUAUCGGCAACGUCCACGUUGAGUAAUCACAGCACGUUGAAUGGAACGAUCAGAGACAGCAACGAAGUGUUGCAAUCGAACACGCUGGGCCACAACAGUUCUCGCAGCCCUAACGUGACCAGGGCUGCUACUCUUCCCCGCAACGCGUACAUGCCGACCAAUGGAAAGUUGCAACUACAAAUCACCACGGACGAUUACCCUCUCGAACCACCAGCCUUCGUGUCGCGCUCACCUACGCCCAUAGUGAGACAACACAGGGGAAUAGGGUCGAACAGGACAGGAGCUGGAUACAGGUUGACCGCCAGCGCGAGUCUGGCGAACGUGAAUCACUGCCAGACACAUCCAGCUAGUCCAAGGUCGGAGAGUCACAGCAAUUUAAAGGAUUCCAACUACAACAUUACCACGUCGCAGAUCAAUCAGGCGAACAAUUGUACCAUUAUGGCCCAGCAACAACAGAAUCACAGACAUAACAUAGCGCGAUUACAGAACUUGGAUAUCCAUGACAGAGAGGACAACUAUAACCAUAACAAUUACAACGUGUCGAGAUCGGCCAGUAGGAAUCAUUGCAACAAGGAAGAGAACGCGAACCAGAUGCAGCAUCAAAAUUAUAAUAACGUGUCCAAGACUACCGUGAAUGCAAAUGUCGUGGUGAAUCCCUCGUCGAAUCUCACUCUGUCGAUUAAUCAGCCAAACAACAAUUACACCAAUAGCAAGACGAACAACACGACUGCCAACGGAAACCUGGACGAGCUGUCCGAUCUGUUGAGGUACGCUGACGACGAAGUGUCGGAAUCAAAAUCUCAGAAAGGAUCCCAAAUAUCAAUUUCCCAAUUGAGCAAUGUUGCCUCGUCGGGUUACCAGAGCUUCGCUGCUUACAGUCAAAGCUCCAGCCCCGUGGAUCUCAGCAGCAACAAUGCAAACGCACAUAUACUCAAUGCAGCACCGCUUGCUUUCGCCAAUCCUGUUUACCACAUGGAAUCCAAUCACGGAAGGAACGGCAGAAGAGGUAGCAGUAGUUCGGAGGAAAGGGAUGGAAGUGGUGGAGUGGAGGGUGUGAGAGGCGUUGAUCUCAGCCCUUCACCACCGCCUCAAAACAACGUGAGGAAUCUGCAGAGAAAUAAUCAGAACCAGUGGAGGCAAGCCAACCAAACGCACAGGAAUAAUUCAGAGCAGAGCCAGGGUGUCUGUUGCACGAAAUUGAGGAGGAGGCUGUCGUUGGACUCGACGCGAGAUCUGUCCGACACUAGCGAGGAGGAAAGCUGCACAACGAGGAGGAGCAAAUCUCGUAGUCAUCGAAGCAUCGAUCAGUACGAAGUGGAAAUCGAGAGGUUGCAGAGUAGCGUAGAUCGACUGAGGGCCCGGUUAGGCGCAAGCGAGGAUACCGAUAUAGAUGGCGUUGCACCGGAUACCAAGAUGAAGAGCAUCAUUUCCAGGUUAAUCUCUGUGGAGGAGGAACUACGACGCGAACAACAGAAGAUGUCGGCUGCGUUGUCGUACAAGCAGCGCGUGAUCGAUGCGCAGGAGCAGCAAAUAGCCGCCCUGGACGCCGCGAAUUCGCGUCUAAUGACGUCAAACACAAAACUGUUGUCCGCAUUGAGCACCCUGAAGCAAAGAUACAACGCGAAAACGAAUCAAUCAAGCAGCGAAGCGGCCGCGUUGCUGCAGAACAUCGUUGAUAUCGGCGAGCUUAAAAGCUCAUCCUGUUAAAGAAAGAAGAACAAGCAACCAGCGCCACUUGGACGUUGCUACAUCUGUUUCCUGUUCGAGGACCAGACCGACAUCCGAUAAAUCAGCGUACAAGUUGAAGAAUCGCGAGGCGAAACGAUGCUUCUGAUUCAGAUGAAAUAUAUAUGAUUAUAAGAGUCUCGAAACGACUCGAUUGCUCGCAUUAUAAAACGCUCUAGAAUGUAUUCUAGAAAAGAAACAGCGAAAAAAAGCGAUUGGUUCAAAGUUCAAUUUACUUUUGAUCAAUCGUAGAUAAAUUUCGUUGUUUCUUCGGUUGGUAAC